CUUGUUCUCCUGUACUAAAACCAGAGUUUGAAUAGUUUAUUUUGUGCAAUGUAGAUUAUUUCAAAACGAAAGUAAACACUGUUCAUUGCGUUUUGUUAAUUUCUGGAAAUACAUCUAGGCAGUCUAGACAUCUAGGUCAUACAAUAGGUCUAACAACGAGUAAAUACAGAAUACAAGACAACUGGACAACAAAUUCUGAUACGAUGGACAGGUCACCAGGAGGCAUUACAAUAACCGGAGGUAACGUAGUGCUGGGAUCAGAUGGCAAAAUAUUCAAUGUAGCAGAGGACGCCACUAGCAAGGGCACGAGAGAAGGUGCAUCUUUCGAUGCCAAUGGUGUGAUCACCAAUAUCACUGCAAAUGUCAAAGAUUUCCGGAAAACCCAAGAUUUGACAAGGUGUCUGGAUCGUUUGAAAAGAGAAAACUAUGUUACACUAACAGGAUUGAGUGGAGUUGGUAAAACAGAAAUAGCAAAAUAUUAUUGGGAGACAAAGAAGGCCGACUAUGAUGUUGGAUGGCUCAUACCCAGUGAAACGGACCAGGAAUUAAGAAUUGCAAUACGACUCUUUCUGGAGAGACUGGCUGAGAUAAAUAUAAAUGUGGAUCUUACAGAGGAUCUUCCGCUGCCGAAUGUUCUUUCGAAGAUCCAUUUGGAAAUACGCCGCAAUACUAACCGGGGGUAUCUGCUGAUUUUUGAUGACGUCAAAGAGGAAACGCAUCGCGCUAUUGUACAAGGUUUCGCCUCAAAACCUAAUAUAUCUGUGAUAAUAACCACCGAGCAAACCCUGCAUCCAUCUGCUACUGAUGAGUCAAUACAACAAGUGGAAGGCUUCAGCGAAGAUGAGGUGCUGGAGUUCUUGGACCCAUUGAAGAAUGAAACAAGAGAGAACAAGAUUCAGCUUUGGGAAGAAAUGAGUCAUCUUCCAAGUGCGCUCGCCUGCGCAAGAUUCGAUAUCCUCAACACACAGAGGAGCAUAAAGUUUUAUCUUGCCGGGAUCAAGGAAAGGAAACUUUACCAGAGCAUCGAAAAAAGGGACCAUCUUAUCCUGGGCCAUAACUACAAAAAGCCGCCAAUUGAAGCCCAUGUUCAGAACGCGCUGACCAUGAUCGAAGAGUUGGAAAAGGACGACCCUGCUUUGUGUUUGGUUUUCAAGACCAUUGGCUUUUUCGAUUCUAAAGCCAUUCCCGUUUUCAUACUGAAUGAAAUCCUUAAACAGCAUAGCGACCCGUCUCAACCCGUUGAACACAUCGAUUAUCAUAUAGACAAGCUUUUGAUGAAAAUGCGAGACAGGUCAUACGUCAACCGUCAAGAAGAAAAACACCGUAACCGAUUUAUCGACACACAUGAACUGGUACAACUUGGAGUACGCUUUGCAAUGAAGGAGUCUGACAAUAAAAAGACCCUUGAGAUACUGAUGAGAGUGCUGUUGCGUUUCUUUGCCAAGGACACAAGAUACAUGACCUACUUUAGGAGAAACACUAUUCUUAUGCCCCAUGUUGAGAGUGUCUUAGUACAUUUACAGAGGCUGAGCGUUAUGGACAUCACAUUUGAUAUGAAAGUAAUGGCUAUCGCUAUGUAUGACAUACUGGGGUAUUCUUACGCGCAGAGUGACUUUAGAGAAGUUGCAGAACAGAAGCUUCAAACAAGCAAAGAUUUGAUGUACAAGUCAUUGAAUAUUGAUGAAGAAGACCUAGACCUGGAUAUAAGAGCUAAGCUUCCCGAUGAACACAAAAAUGACGAAGAGGAAUUCGCAUAUCAGAAGGCAAUCUUCAUAUAUGAGAAACUACAAUCCGUUGGGAACAAACUGGUGGAAAACCUUGUUCUGAACACAGUCCUCAAUGAAACUGACGUCGAUAUCAUGAAGUCCAAAAUAAAGGGGAACAAAUUACCUGAAUUGCUCAUCUCUCAGAAAAGAACCGAUAGAGGGAGCUACACUGAACUUGUCAAAAUGGGCUUAGCUAUUUCCGAGGAUAUCAUGAAAUCCAUUUACUUACCCGAGCUCUAUGCAUCGGUCUUCUACAGCUAUGGUCGUAUGUACUUCUACAAGAAACAAGAGGGACGCGUCAAAAUCAACAGCUUUAUCUCUGCUAUUAGACUGUCGUCUGCUCUCUGUAAGCGGAUCUUCGAGAUGACCGGCAAGGUAGUGUUUCACAGUAUCCUCACUAAACGCAAUGCCCUACUUUACCUGUAUUCGGAGGACAUUGACGAGUAUGGUGAUGCAAAAACCAAACAAAAGAUGCUUGAGGACCUGUACCAAGGAAAGAAGGAGUACCAGAGCCUACUUGAGGAGGUACACAAGCAAGAUUGGUUCCAACAUGGGAUUCUUAAAGUCACCAAAAAUGACUUCUUCCACCAAUGUGUUUGUUUCGAAAAGGGUAUUUUUAUCUGUAUGAAGAUACUAAAACUGGAAACCGACCAAGAAAAGAAAGAGAUUGUGAUAAGAGAAGGCAAGGAGGCUAUCAAGAAGCAAAGCGAGCUACUACAUUCACAAGAGAGGGAAGAACAGGAACUGCAUAGAGGAUCGGAUGUCCAUGUGGUAGCUGCUGAAUUUUAUGAGGAAGCCAAAUGCUGGCAAGAGGCGUAUGAAUACUACAAAGAGGCCAUCGAGAGGUCAAAGAGUGCAAAUGGUGGAUGGUUGAAGAAAUACGGCCGGUCGUGUGAAGGCAUCAUGCGUGUAGCCAAACGCAUCAAGACAAAGGAGGCCCUCACAGAAGCAAAGAAACGUGGCGAGGCAUUCAUUAAAAAGGCACCCGGUGAUACCCAACACAAGGGAGAAAUCAUGGCAUUGACACAGGAGAUAUCCGCUGAACUGGGCAAUGUAGAGUAAAAGAGGGAGUAUGUUGAGGUGUUUUGCAGUCGCCCCAGGAAGAAAUAGUCCACAACAGAAGAUUUUGACAUUAAGAAACAUGUUGAAACAGAAAAUUAGCCAAGCGAAUGUACUAUUUUCGGUUUGGAGAACGAAGUUCAUCACUCUAAUUGAGCGUUACCCUGCUUCGGACAAAUUUGAUUUUUUACAUGAUAUAGAUUUGAAUGUCUUCUUU